GCUUCCUGCCCGCUCCCGGUUCCGUUUCUCGUUCUCCUCUUCCCGCGGGAUCAAACCCUAGCUAUCUAGGUUUAGGUUUUCCUCCCAAACUAACUCCUGCCUACAUUUACUUGUCGCGGCAGCUCAGCUGAGAGGGGAGAUUGGAUGAUGGAUACGGCUGUGGAGGUUUCCCGACGGGUCCGUCCCGAGAAGAAACUAUGCGCUGAUGCCGAUGGCGAGACACGCCAGUGUCCCCGGACAACAACGGCGGCCGUGGACCCUGUCUCCAAGGUGCUUGGGGACGACAAUCUCCUCGGGGAGAUCCUCCUGCGCGUCGGCUUCCCCACCACACUCGUCCGUGCCACCCUCGUGCGCAGGGGCUGGUACCAGCUCGCCUCGGACCGGGGUUUCCUCUGCCGGUUCCGUGAGCUCCACCCGCCCCGCCUACUUGGCUUUUACAUCGACACCGGGUUGGUCUGGCCGAAGUCGAUGGCCGUCCUGCGCUUCGUCCCGAUGCUUCCCCAGCCCCCAGAGUUUGCCGCUGUUGUCCGCCGCAUGGCGAGCCACAACUUCGGUACCCGCGAGGUGCCAUGGAUCAUGGACUCCCGAAACGGCAGCAUCUUCACCAGACAUCGUGAAAGAAGAGAACUAUCAUAUGGAGUGUACCACCCGCUUUGUCCUGAGAGAGGCAUUGACGACAUCCCACCACUCCCAAGUGCCCAGGAUCGCAAUCGCCUAAAUUUUGGUGCUAUUCUCUCGAAAGAAGAAGGCAAUGGCUUGUCCUACUUUUAUGUGUUGACGGAGGUUUGUGAUGAGACAGAAAAAUUCACUAUGCGUGUGUAUAUGUUGCAAGGCAGUGUUUGGUGCUUGCAUACCUUGGCCACAUACCAGCUCCAUCUUCCACUACCCAGAGCAAUAGUUGUGCUCGUCGACAAUAAAAUCUAUAUGGUGGCCUCCCCCGCCGAUGACAUUAUUGUCUUGGAUUUGACGGACUCAAGUUUGUAUAGAUCCAGCUCCCACCUGGAGUGAAGUAUCACAGUUUCAACACCAUCUUGUCACGGGCAGAUGAUCCUUCCGGUAUAUAUCUCAUCCAUGUCAAUGGCUUUAAACUUCACAUCUGGCUUCAUAAGGGGGACAACUGGUUGCUGGUCGAUACCAUUUGUUUGCACGAGAUGUGUGCUAAUCUGAGGAUGCUAGAUAACACGCCUGAGGAUGAGCAUACUGGCCGUUGCUAUAUAUGUCAGACAGGGGAUAAUGCUGAGUUUCUGUUCUUAAAAAAUGUGUGGAUGUGUGCUCUAUCUGGAUGUCAAGAACAGGACACUCCGUAAAGUGCAUGCGAUGGCACAAAAGGAUCGACAUUUCACUGAUGUCUACCCUUUUAUGAUGGUUUGGCCUCCCACAUUCCCCGCGCUCAAGGAUGGUCCUGCAAGGAAUGCCAUGUGAAGGAGGAGAAUAUCAGGAUGCUUUUGGAUGAUCGGCGACAAGGGCAUCGCCAGGGCAGCACAGGGAGCUGCAUUUCCUUAGUAGCUGUUGUGAGUUGUAGGGUCCACUGUCCAGACAUGGCUGAUUUUGGAAUGCUUUCUCCAUUGUAAUCAGUAAUAUAUUUCUCCUUCUCUGCUGUUAGCUGAAGAAGAUGCCAGAGGAACAUCUUAAGAAUACAAUUCAUUGAAUGUUCUGUCUUUUCAGAGAA